AGAGAAGGGGAUGAUAAGAUGUCGGCACUGAUCGAAACACUGUCGAGUUACUCCUGGGAUGCGAAGGUGGUUCUAGUCAUGGCAGCCUUUGCCGUCACCUACGGUGGGUUCUUCUUAAUGGUUGGUGUAAACAAAUCGAAGCCACUGGAGACGCUGAGGAGCCUUAUCGACGCCAUGGUGAAGGUGACUGAGUGCGUCGUCAAUUUCAGAAAGCUCCCUGCAGGCCAGAAGCCCCUCGAUCAAUCGGUUGUCCAAACUGCCGUUUACUGGACCGUCAGGAGCGUCGUCACCUGCGUCCCUCAGUUCUUCGGCUUCCUUGGCUUGGGUCACGAGUACAUUCCAUCGAGAAUUGAGGUUGAAGAGCUUUCCAAAUUAUGGAAGAUUCUCAAUGUCAGUCAUUACCAACUCGAUCGGUACCGUCAGUACAUUGAGGAGAACAAAAUAUUUGAAUAUUAUCUUGAGCUUUUGCAACUCUUCGCAAUGAUCCCCACAGACAACAUAAAGAUUCUUACAGCAUUGUUUGACGCCAAAGAUGGUCUUAAGCCGCUUUUCCAUGUCUCCACCCAGCAACAGGUUGGAGUUGAAGUGCUGGAGAAGAAAAAUGUGUUACUACUGAUAUCGUCCGAGUUGGAGGUUAACAAAGAAGAGAUCGGGAUUAUGGUUGAGAUGUACAAGAACACAAGACAAGUGUGUCAGUACGAUCUAGUGUGUCUCACAUUAGGGAAGACCACAAGAUCCCAAAAGGAAGAAUUUGAGAAUAUGUUGAACCUAAAGAAGCUGCCGUGGUACUUGUUGCAUGAUGAACACUCGAUUAACCGGGCGGUGAUUAAGUACAUUAAAGAGGUGUGGCACUUCAACAACAAGCCCAUCCUUGUGGUGUUGGACCCACAGGGUAGGGUAAUCAGCCAGAAUUCUUUCGCCAAUAUAAGGAUCUGGGGUGGUAUUGACCUCUCUAUCACCAUCAAAACAGAAGCACAGCUCUGGAGUGAAACCAGCUGGGGACUUGAACUCUUGCUUCAAACCAUUGAUGAAGCCAAAAACACUCUCCAAUGGAUAAAGGAGAAUGAACGCUUCAUUUGUCUGUAUGGAGGAGAAGACAUCAACUGGAUCAGGGAUUUCACGACGGCGGCACGAGAGGUGGCGAUUAAAGCCACCAAUAUUCAAUUCGAGAUGGUGUACAUUGGAGCAAGAAACCUAACUAAACGAGUGAAGGAAAACAUCGACAUCAUCAAGAAAGAAAACCUGAGCAAUUGGUGGCCGGCAGAGGUGUUGUCCAAAUUCUGGGUUCGGCUGGAGAGCAUGUGGCACUCCAGGAUGCAGGUGAUCACCAAGACCUCCAUUGAGGAGGACUACAUAAUGAAGGAGAUCAAGACAAUGCUUACAUACGAUGGCAGCGAGAAAGGGUGGGCGCUUAUCAGUAAGGGAUCCACAAUCAUGGUCAAAGCCAAGGGAGACAUAAUCUUGAACUGCUUCAGGCAGUUCGAUUGUUUGAAGGAAUCGUUUGGCCUGGUUAAGGAUUUUAUGGAAGUAAUCAUUGAUUACGUGAAAAAGCAGGAAAUCAACCCCAAGCUUCACUGCAAUCGGCUCAUCCUGCCGGUCACCGUCGGCAGUAUUCCGGAGGAGUUGCCCUGUGAGAUUUGUCGCUGCUCUAUGGAGAAGUUCGUCAUGUAUAGCUGCUGUAAAGAUUAGCUCCAUUAAAACAAUGACA